CGUAUUAAGUAAAAGUUAUUUAAGCACAUGUGUAAGGAAAUAAUCUACAUGUUGUUUGCGACAUGUUUGACUCUUUACAGCGUCAAAAUUGAGAACUCUACACAUCGUAACAAGCGAUGCCUACAUGCAUCUGCAGCAGCUUACGCGUUUCAUUGCAUCGCUGACAUUUUCCGGUCAAACUAUGCGAGCAGGAAAUCAACCAUGAACAGCCAACAGCAGCAUCUCUUGGAGGGAAUUCAAGAACUUUUCACAUGUAAAGAACUGACGAAUGUCAUUCUUGUUGCUGAGGACAAAGACCUCCACUGCCACAGGAGUGUCCUUGCUGCCAGCAGUCCAUACUUCAGAGCCAUGUUCCGAGAUUACUGCGAAAGGGACCAGGAAAUGGUGUACAUCAGUAGCAUCACCUACUCCGCUCUGGAAAUGGCAGUGAAGUUCAUGUACUGCCUACCAAUUGAAAUAUCUCAUGACAACGUGCAGUCCAUUUUGACAGCGUCCAGUAUGUUUCAGCUUGACACCUUAGCAUCGUACUGUGUCGAUCACAUGAUGAGAGCUAUUUGUGUGGACAACUGCCUGGACGUGUACAACCUGGGAGAUUAUCAGUGUCUUGACACGCUGAAGGAGGCGGCAAAGUCCUACAUCCUUGAUCACUUCAGUGAAAUGGUGGAGGAAGGGGGCAUGAUGCAACUGGAGAAGGCUGCCAUCAAGGAACUGAUCUCGUCAAAUGAAAUAAAUGUUGAUAAAGAGGAAACAAUCUUCCAGUUCCUUGUGAAAUGGACAGAAUAUGAUAUCGAUGAAAGGAAGAGGUUUUUUGGAGAUUUGUUUGGUAGACUUCGACUUCUGCUUGUUGAUGAGGAAUAUAUUUGUGAACAUAUUAACGCACACCCAUUAGUUGAGGGGAAUCCAUUUUGUCGUGCAGUUGUUUCCAUGACAAAGUUGUGCCGAAUUGGAAUGAACAGCCAAGAUUCAGAGGAAGAAAAGCAGAAAAUAGCCGAUGAUUUUGAGCUCAGUGUUUGUCGUCGUCAUGGCAUGUUUCGGAAACAGAUGUUGAUAUUUUCAGGAGGAGGUAAAUCGGAAGCCCAAAGGGCUUUUUCUUGUUUUGAUCCAACGACUGGGAAGAAUUAUUUAGGUGUGAAACAUCACCCAACAUUUGACUUCAAGUUCAAGGUCGACUUUUACCAGCUUGUUACCAACAAUCAAAAUCAGAUUUAUUUCAUCGGUGGCAUAUUCUAUGAUGAUUACCAUCUUGAAGAACAAGGUAUGGCGCAAGACUCAGUGUAUCAGUACCAGCAGAAAGACAGAACAUGGAAGCUAUGUCAUCCAAUGAACACUGCCAGAUCUGCUUUUGCCGCUUGUGCUGUGGAGGAGAGAGUAUUUGUGUUUGGUGGUGCUGUGUCGUAUCCGCAAGGAGUUCCAAUGGAACUUGUGGAGGCGUAUGAUCCUGUUUUUGAUCUGUGGCAAAAGAUGGCACCAAUGCCAACGGGCCUAUCACAUCACACAGCGACUGUGUACAAGGAUAGUGUGUAUGUAUUCGGUGGUGAGGACAGCAACGGGGAACUCUUCACAACAGUGUUGCAGUACUCCAUUCCCAAUGACACGUGGUUCAUUCUGGACACACAAAUACUUAACCCGCGACUCGCAAGCACGGCAAUAAGUUAUAAAGACAAGAUCUACAUUUUAGGCGGAGGUACGAAAGUUCAGAACACAACUGCCAUUGAGAUAUUUGAUCCAGAAACACUAAAAUUUCAAAUUGGAGAUGAUUUUCCCGAUGAUCGGAAAGUAAUGACUGCAUCUCUCCUCGAUGACUGCAUCUAUGUCUGUGGGGGCUUUCGUCGGAUGUCAUCGAGGCGUCAUGGUCUGGUCAAGUCUCGAUCGGUGGAAAGCAAGGACAUGUAUAAAUAUGACCUUGACACUCACAAAUGGAGCAUGGUUGCGAAGUUGGUUCAAUAUGGCAGCAACCAGGCAUCAACAACAGCUGUUGUGAAUACAAAGGAUUUAGAUUUAAGUGAGUUUAUCAGUUCACUGUAAAUAUAUUGAGAAGGAAUGGAGACAAUGAAAUGUCAGUAGUUAAAAUCAGAUCCUUUACUCCGAUGCAAUGCCUCUCUGCCUCUCUGCGUGAAGGGCUGUGGUCACCUCCACAGUAGGUCGAAUCUGGUGAACUUGGUAAUCCGCCAAUCAGAGCUGAGGCUUCUCAAUUCUUGACAAGUGAGCAAAGCAUUCAAACCAGCAUAUCUGAUUUCUGUAUCUCAAAAACUAACAAAAAUAACAAAUUCCAAAAGUAAAAAGUAGAAAGCACUAUUAUAUUCUUGUAGAUAUUUCAUAAAUCCAGUAAUUUCUGAGUGUUGGGCAUCUACACACAAAGUGAAGUACCACUGUCGGAAUGUUCGUGUUCUGUGUUGGCUUUCCUUCGUACAAAUUGAAAUUCUGAAAUCGAGGUGGUAAAAACAUGAAGCCGAAUCAUUUCAGAAAGCUGACAGCUGAUUGGCUCAAGAACCCACACAUCCUUAAUUUUGAUUGGACAGUCAAAGUUCGCUCAGGGUUCACCUGACACGACCUUCAAUGAAGAUGUCCUCAGCUCCAGACAGAGAGGGAUGGUAUCAGAGAAGAAGCUGAUUUAGUGAGACUUGAGACAUUGUGAAGGGAUGACACAAACUCCACCGUGAAACCUGUAUGGAAUUCAGUUGUGAUUUGGAUCCCAGUUUUAUUUGGUCAUCUGUUUUACAAAAUUCUUGAGUUAUUUUGUUCAAAUGAUUUUAUUUGUUGAAUAUUGAGUUAGUCAUGCUUCAUCAACAGUAUUAUUUACAUGUUAUUUAUGACUUUUAUAGCAAGAGUUUUAAGUGUUUGUUUGUUGUUUAACGCCGCACUCAGCAAUAUUCCAGCUAUAUGACGGCGGUCUGUAAAUAAUCGAGUCUGGACCAGACAAUCCAGUGAUUGAUAUCAUGAGC